AAAUUCUCUCCAUAUUUAUCUCUACUUUUAUAACCAUUUUCCCUUUGUUUUCCAUUUAUCUCUAUCUCCAAAUUUCUUCCACAUACAAUAGUUAUCGGUCUUUUGAAAAAAUUUAAGUGUAUGUUUUACUUAAUUUGAUAAUAGAUAUAUAGCAGAUGGAAAAUAUAAGUUAGCGGCAGAAAGAAAAGAUGCCUUUCUGCCUUUACAUGAUCUAUAUGAAAAACAAACACCUCUAAAUCACGGAACCUCUUAUGGAAUAAGUGGUCGGAGGAUAGCCAGACUGGAUAAGUAUAUGGGGUCUGACGGAACAGGUAUCUUGACCAAAGCUCCAUUUGUUGGGGCAAUGGCAAAAGUUGAGGUUUCUCAAUCAGAUGAUAUGCAUCUUUAUUAUCAUCCUAAAGGGCCAAGCAGUAGAUAUGUAGAUCAACAAGGAUUGUUUCAAAAUGGAACAUCGGAAACUUAUGGUGGUGGCGGUCAACCUCCAUCUUUUGAAGAUAUGAUGAAAAAUGCGGCAUCUCAAACUCAUCCUAGAUAUGUGAAUCAACAACGAUUCUUUCAAAAUGGCACAUCGGAAACUUAUGGUGGUGGUCAACCUCCAUCUUUUGAUGCUAUGCUGAAAAAUGCGGCAUCUCAAACUCAUCCUAGAUAUGUGAAUCAACAACGAUUCAUCCAAAAUGGAACAUCGGAAACUUAUCAUUGUCCCAUCUUGUGAUGCUAUGAUGAAAAAUGCGACUUCUCAAACUCAUAAUAUGUGAAUCAGCAAGGAUUAAUUCAUCCGUAAUAAUAUCUUGUUAAUAUAGAUUAGUAUCACUGUUUGCUGGCGUAGUUCAAUUUAGUAUAACUGCCUGUCUUAGUAAUAUAGAGAUUAUUAUUGACUAUUUCGUUUCUUUCAAUCCAAAUUGCGAGCACCUACAUGUUUCAA